AUGCCUUCUGCAAAUGCUACGUCUAAACUCCUCGAGUCCUUCGGAGGCCGCCUUACCGAUGCGAGGUUCUCCGACUUCACUAUCAAGUGCGGAACGGACGAGUACAAAGUCCACAAGCUAAUAAUUACCGCGCUUUCGGACUACUUCGCUAGGGCCAUCGACUUCGGAAAGGAAGCCGAGGAGAAAUCGAUUGUUCUGCAAGGCGACGAUCCCGCCCUUGUCAAGCUGAUGAUCUCCUUCUUCUACCAGCUUGACUACGACCUGGCUACUGUGGCUCCAACUCUCCAGGGCCGAACUACACCAGCACCAAUCACCCUUCCAAAGAAUCAUACCAGAGUAGGGACCUGCAUCCACGGCUUCCGUCCCGAGUCCAGCUGCGUACCCGACGUCGGAUCCCACGAGCCCUCACAUCUCCUCGUCCACGUCGGUCUGUACGCUCUCGCGGACAAAUACCUCAUCCCUACGCUGCGGGAGCUGUGCGUCCAGAAAUUCAGAGACUGUGCGCACUGCCAUUCGGAGACUGGAGAGUUUGCCGAGGCGGUGCAGUUCGUUUUUGAGCGGCUGCCGGAGCAUGCGCGAGAUAUGCGGGAGGUGGUUGUGAAACUGUUGUGUGGGAAGAUGGCAUUGGUUAAGGGCAAGGAGAUUAUGGGGCUGAAGGUGUAUGGGGACCUGGCGAAGGAGGUGUUGUGGAAGAAAGGGGAGGAGUUGGCGUGGUGGUAG